AUGAACGUAGAGACAGAAAGAGACAAAGUGAAGAAAGAAGGAGAGAGGGAGAUUGAUGCUGUUUGGCUGAUGGGAAAAUCAAAGCAAAGACAUCUAGCAGCGAAGCCUGCAAGAAAAAAGAGUUCUUCUCCCAAUGAUUUGGAUUUUGAUGGAGAGGAUGGUUGGGUUAUAGUUAAAAAGCAGAGAGUCACCAUUCUGGUGCCUCCCCUACCUGUUCGCAGAAAAUCUGUGAUACCGAAGCCAGGACCAAGUAAGCCAGAAGCUGUGCCGGUAAAAGCAGUCAAUAAUAAACCAAUCGGGCCGAUUGAGACUACUAAUACCAGGAUGCCUUCAGCUGACGAACAGGAAAAGAUUGCACCAUUGGCUCCUAAUAGAGGUGAUCGAAUUACUGCAAUAACUCCUCCUGCACAGCACUUUUCAGCAUUAGACAAGCUACGAAGACUAAAUGUAACCAUGGAAUGGAGAAAGCCAGACCAAACUGAUGCUUUUAGGUCUCGUAAUAUGCUUGGAGUGUUGAACAUAUCCAAAACAAUCAAACGGCCAAGACUUUUGUGUGGGCCAGGUAGUUUCCUUGAUGGUGGGAUGUUGCUAAAUCAGAGGCUAAGGGCAUCACUUCUUGAGAAGAAGCUUCAAAAAGCUGGUGGAUUGAGCAGGUGGUUAGCAUCAAUUGGGUUGUGGCAGUUUGUGAGGAUUUUUCAAGGGAAGAGUUUCAGUAACUUUCAGUUGGUGAAUCUAAGCAUGAAGAAGCUGAAGGAUAUGGGUGCAGAUGCAAACCUUGAAGAUGAUACAAUAAGCCACCCCCUUUGCCCCCCGACAAAAAACCACUGGCCGCCUUUGCUCUAUUCUUCGAACCAGCCUAAGAUGCUAAUGCCGCUAGCUAGCAGACAGCGAAAAAAGCCUUCUUUGGGCUAUGAUCUAGCAUUCUUAGCUGAUAAGCCAAGUGUAGAAAGGGAUGCCUCGGAUUGCUUUAUUUGGGCCGUUACCGGUAGUGUAGUCUAUUCAUAUGCUUGA